ACGUUAGUGCCUUCACCGUAGGUCGUCUUUCUCUCAAGUCAGUCACGGAGUUAGUGAAACAUGCGGGGCAGGUCUUUAAAGCCCCUAGACCACUUGUCAGUGUCAGGACGCUGACUCGGUCGCCCUUUGUCUCACCUCUCCAGGAAGUGUUGCCACGGACGGCAAAACGGCAACAGCCAGGGCGGCAUGCACCGAGAACCUAACAGAGACCGAUGCCUUCAUCAGACGCUCCCUAGCUUUGGAUCCUGCGGAGGAGUACAAGAUGAACAACAAACGACGAGGCCUUGCGCUCAUCUUUAACCAGGAGCGCUUCUUCUGGCGCCUGGGGUUGACCGAUAGAUACGGAACCAACGCUGACCGCUACAACUUGGAGAAAAGACUGAACGAGCUGGACUUUGAAGUGAAGAGUUAUGAUAACUACAAAGAGGUUGAAGUCAUGGAAAUAAUCAAUGAAGCUGCCGGAGCCAAUCAUUCAGAUGCAGACUGCUUUUUGCUCGUGUUCCUGAGCCAUGGCAUAGAUGACCAGGUUUACACCUACGAUGGCAAGAUCAGCAUCCCGGAUAUCACGUCCAUGUUCAAAGGAGACAAGUGCAGAAGCCUUGUAGGAAAGCCAAAGAUCUUUAUAUUGCAGGCAUGCCGCGGAGACAAGCACGAUGACCCAGUGAGAGCCUACGAUGCCGUGGACAGUGAGUUAAGGACGAACGAGGUGGUGGUGGACGCCAGCCCUGUAUGCACCCUCCCUGCUGGAGCCGAUUUCAUCAUGUGCUACUCUGUGGCUGAAGGCUACUAUUCCCACCGGGAGACCAUCAAUGGAUCCUGGUAUAUUCAGGAUCUGUGUGAGCUGCUUCAAAAGUACGGGGAUUCCCUUGAAUUCACAGAGUUACUCACACUGGUCAACAGAAAAGUGUCAAUGAGGAGCGUUGGGAACUGUAGUGACCGGAGUGCCAUUGGGAAGAAGCAGAUACCUUGCUUUGCUUCAAUGCUCACCAAGAAACUCUACUUCCGACCAAAAAAGUAACAGUUUCCGAUUUCAGUCAUUAAAUGAGCUGGUUUUUUUAUUAAUGCCAGGGAAACAGGGACAGUGAAGGGAGAUUUAAAAAAAAAAAAAAAAAAAAGCUGUUUGUCCUCUAUUCUUCUACUCUUUUGCUAAUAAAUACUAUUAUUGACAUAUGCACUAAAUAAUCAGCUAAGUGACAGGUUUAAUAUUUCCAAUAAAAUCAGCGGUUAUAAAAUAACAGGAACAACGUGUGUUCACAUGAACGGAAGAAAUAUCAAUAUUCGUAAAGUUUCUUCUUCAGAAACCAGAUUGCUUGGCUGGGUAAAACCUUGAACUGGCUUAUAAAUGAGUUUUUAAAAGUUUGCAUCUGCAUAACAGAGAAUCAAAGACAGUGAAAGCAUCUGUGGCAGCAGUAAGGUAGAGAGUAGAGGAGAAAUGUGAUUACUGACCAGCUGUGAGCAAACAUGUUCCAGCACCCGCUUUAUAGGUUUAACCCGUCUUCAGCUGUUCUCUCGUGUAGAUGUAAACGAUUUUAGAUUAGGUUAUAAUGCAAUCCAGUGUUUUGCAUAUUGGUGAUAGAAAUGUGUGGACUCAAAUCAAGGGGAAUUUUGGAGACCAUAAUUCAUGGUCUACUUGUAUUGGGUUGCAUUAUGUUGUAAGUUGUUGAUGUUAUUUUAGCCAACCACUGUAGCUCAAUACACAUUUUGCACUUUCAAGAAAUGUAAUCCACUUUUAACUAUUGUGGUACCACGGAAAUGUCUUAUUCUCUAGCUGACUCUUCUUUCUUGACAAGCCAAGACAACAGUAGACUUUGACAUUACUGGUGUCCUUGCUCAGGCAAGCCUUCCUUCAAACUAAGGAGUGUCUCUGGGGAAGCUGGAAAUGCCAGUUGAGUUUGUUUUUUUUGUUGUUUUUUUUUUUAGCUGUAAAGUCAGUGACAGGUCUGUCAAAUAUUUUCAAACUUGCUGUAUCAUGCGAGGCGGGCGAUAUAAUAGCCUGACGAGCAGGUUACAAUACUUCUAAUGAUUUUGUUCACAUGUAUGUCUCUAUAAGCACUAAUGACCAAGUAAAAUCUCUGUCAUAACAGAUUAUUCAGGCACAACGUAAACAUGCAGUUUGUUCAAGCUCGCUCCAUCAAAAAGGGAAUUCAUGUUUGUACUGUUUUUUGUG